GCUUUCCGUUUCUGUUCGAGCGAGAGAAACGAGGAAACGAACGGGAGAAGAAGAAAGGUGACGAUGUCAGAAGUUGGUGAUUUGAAGAAGAUCAACGAGAAGAUUCACGAGUACCAAGGGUCUUCGUCGUCGUCAGAUUCAGAUGAUGAGAAGCCCUCGUUUCAGAACUCAAGGAAGAAACGACUGUUUGGAAGGAAGGAUACUGUGCAUACCGUCCUUGGAGGAGGAAAAUCUGCUGAUAUCAUACUGUGGAGAAAUAAACAACUGUCUGGAAGCAUACUUACUGGAGUCACUGUUAUCUGGCUUCUCUUUGUAUGGAUGGGCUAUCAUUUGCUGACAUUUAUCUGCCACUUUCUUAUACUUGUACUAGCAGUGUCUUUCCUCUGGUCCAACGGUGCAUCAUUUGUCAACAGGUCCCCGCCCAAAUUUCCUGAGGUUGUCUUGCCUGAGGACUUAUUUAUAACUAUAGCUCAAUCAGUAAGAUAUGAAAUUAAUGAGGCUUUGGCAACUUUCUACUAUGUUGCUUGUGGAAAGGAUCUGAAGAGGUUUUUGACGGUAAUUGCAGGCUUGUGGAUUCUUUCUGUAAUUGGCAGCUGGUUCAGUUUCUUGACACUCUUUUACAUAGGUUUUUUGAUUCUGUACACCGGACCAGUAUUCUAUGAGAACUAUGAGGAUCAUGUUGACACUGCUGCUGAGAAGGCAAUCCAUGCAAUCAACAAACAGUAUGCAGUGCUGGAUGCAAAGGUUCUUCAGAAAAUUCCAUAUGGUACUUUUGCUAAUAAAAAGCAGCACUGAGACAGAAAUUUCUCUUUUAUCUCAUAUGUUUCAUUGCUAGUCUUUCACUGGACAUCUAAAUUACACCAUAGACAGACACAGUAGAUUACCAGUUUUGAUAAAUGGAUGACCACAGUGAUCCUGCUAGCAGAUUUAUACUGUUCCGAAGCAUAUAUAGCAGCAGUUCAAUCUAUUGCUAUUCUGUAUCUAGAUAACUUGAUUAUGCAUCUGACUCACAUUUUUGCCGUCAUCAAUUUUUCUUA